AUGUCGAUUCAUAGUCAAAGCCCAAAAUAUCAAACUCAACCCAGGCUAUUAUGGCACGGUCGGUUCCGGCCGGAAUCCGGCGGCAAGGAACUUGCUGGAAUCGGCGAAAACUAUGCCAGAAUGGAGAAGAGCUGUACCGGAACCGACUCAGAUUUCAACGGAUCCAGUCGCCGGAAUGAUCGACUUGGUAAAAAACGAGUCCAUCACUUAACAUAUCUGCCUAUAAUUGUACGCGGACAAACAGUUCAUGUUUCUAUUAAACAUAUUAUAUGUACCAGCAAAAAUCAAUAUCUCAAACGACUAAAACUACUAUUAUUUCUACAAAUUAAAAAAAUACUGCAAAUAAAAAUCAGACAAUCAAUCAAUUACGUAUUUCAUUUAAAUAUGAACAUCACCUAUUUACCAAAGAUUUACACGCGUAUUGGUGAUCGGGGUACAUCUGCUUUGCUAGGUUCGGGUUCAAAUCGUGUCUCAAAAGAAUCAUUCGGAGCAUUAGUAAUUGCGAUUUACGUUUAUACGAUUCUGCGUGUACGACAAGAAACGUUUUUGGAUGAUUUCAGUAUCCCUGAACCACCGCCACAAAAGAAGGCUGUCGAACUUGACUAA